CGGCGAUCAUGGCAGACGACCUAUACAACCUCGAAUACCUGUCACUCGUUGCGAAGAUCACCCAGGAAAUCAGCAAUCACACUGGCCUCAGCGACAAAACCCUCGCCGAGUUCGUCAUUGCCCUUCAUGACCAAGCCAACCAAUCCCUCCCCGCGUUCAAGACGAAGCUGCAGGAGAUGGGGGCCGACUUCCCCGACUCCUUCAUCGAGAAUGUCGACCGUCUGAUCCUCAGCAUGCACCCGAAGCACAAAAAGCGACCGGAGAAGACGAACAAUGGCAUGAAUGUGGACAAGCCUGCAGAGCUGCCAGAGGAGGAGAAGAAGAGGCGGCUGUUCCCUGGGCUCGCGAUACAAGACAAGAACCCGCCGCCAGCGGUGGCAGACGACGUCUUCCUGGCCGAGCUCGGUGAUCUGGUGUCGGGGAAGAAGGCGCCGCGCACGCGUCCAGCGGAGGACGACUAUGACGGCCGGGAAACGAAGCGCCAGCGCCGGAGCCCGAGUCCUCGACGCGGACGCAGCCCCCCGCGCGGCUACAAUCGCGGUCGUCGACCGCCACGACUGGACGACCGGCCUGUGGUCUUCAAGAUUUACGACGGCAAAGUGACGGGUGUCAAGGAUUUCGGGGCAUUCGUGCAGCUUGAGGGCAUCGCCGGACGAGCAGAAGGUAUGGUGCACGUCUCCAAUAUCCAGAAGGGAGUGCGCAUCAAUUCGGCUGCUGACCUGCUGAGCAGGAAUCAGCCUGUCAAGGUUAAGGUCAUGGCCGUCGCUGGCUCGCGCAUCACCCUUUCCAUGAAGGACGUGAACCAGGUCACGGGCGAGGACCUCACACCCGAGCUGCGCAUCAAGUCCGAGGCGGAGAUGGAGGAGGACCGCAAGCGUGCUUACUCCGCUGCGUCCUCAGGCGCCAACGCCCUCCCCCUCAACUCGCGCGACGAUCCCAUGCCCCCUCCAACCCGUUCUGCGAAACGUCUGACGUCGCCGGAGCGCUGGGAGAUCAAGCAGCUUAUCGCGUCUGGUGCUCUGCCUGCGAGUGACUACCCGGAUAUCGACGACGACUUCGGCAGCGGUGCGGCUCGCGCGGAGGUCGAGGAGGAGCUUGAUAUUGAGAUCAAAGAAGAGGAACCGCCAUUCCUUGCUGGCCAGACGAAGCGCACCCUCGACCUCAGUCCGGUGAAGAUCGUCAAGGCUCCGGACGGCUCCCUCAAUCGCGCUGCUCUGGCAGGUGCAUCACUCGCCAAGGAGCGGCGCGAGCUUCGUCAGCAGGAGGCGAAUGAGGCAGCGGACUCACAAGCCCGUGACUUCAGCACUUCCUGGCUGGACCCGAUGGCGAAGGAGGGUGACAGGCAGUUUGCGCAGGACUUGCGCGGAAACUUGAAGGGGCAGAAGGCGAGCGAGGCGCCGCGUUGGAAGGAGCAGACUUUCAACAAGGCGACAACUUUCGGAGAGAUUACAUCGCUCAGCAUCCAGGACCAACGACGGUCUCUGCCCAUCUACAAGUUGCGCGACCCGUUGUUGAAAGCCAUCGACGAGCACCAAGUACUCAUCGUCGUCGGCGAUACCGGUUCCGGCAAGACUACACAGAUGGUUCAGUACCUCGCCGAGGCAGGCUACGCGGACAAGGGCAGAAUAGGCUGCACUCAGCCUCGUCGUGUCGCCGCCAUGUCGGUCGCCAAGCGUGUCGCGGAGGAGGUCGGCUGUCGUCUCGGGCAGGAAGUCGGGUACACGAUCCGUUUCGAGGACUGCACAAGUCCGGAGACGCGCAUCAAGUACAUGACGGAUGGUAUGCUGCAGCGAGAGUGUCUGAUUGAUCCUCUGUGCUCGCAAUACUCAGUCAUCAUGCUUGACGAGGCUCACGAACGGACCAUUGCAACGGACGUUCUGUUCGGACUGCUAAAGAAGGCUGUCAAGCGCAGACCAGACCUCAAGCUCAUCGUCACCUCCGCUACUUUGGAUGCUGAGAAGUUCUCCAAGUACUUCUUCGGAUGCCCGAUCUUCACCAUCCCGGGUCGCACAUACCCCGUCGAGGUCCUCUACACGAAGGAGCCGGAGUCAGACUACCUCGACGCGUCGCUCAUUACGGUCAUGCAAAUCCACUUGUCUGAGCCGCGCGGCGACAUCCUCCUCUUCCUCACCGGUCAAGAAGAGAUCGACACGGCUUGCGAGAUCCUCUUCGAGCGCAUGAAGGCCUUGGGUCCGAAGGUGCCCGAGCUCCUCAUCCUACCUAUCUACUCCGCCCUACCGUCCGAGGUCCAGUCUCGCGUCUUCGAGCCUACGCCAGAGGGAUCUCGGAAGGUCGUCAUUGCCACCAACGUCGCCGAGACGAGUCUGACGAUCCCCGGUAUCUACUACGUUAUCGACCCGGGCUUCUCGAAGCAGAACGCGUACGACCCGCGGCUGGGUAUGGACUCGCUCGUGGUCAUGCCCAUCUCGCAGGCGCAGGCGCGGCAGCGGGCGGGUCGUGCAGGGCGGACAGGACCGGGCAAGUGCUAUCGCUUGUACACGGAGGCGGCGUUCAGAAACGAGAUGCUGCCAAACUCAAUCCCGGAUAUCCAGCGGACGAACCUGUCGACGACGAUCUUGCAGCUAAAGGCGAUGGGCAUCAACGACCUGCUCAGCUUCGACUUCAUGGACCCGCCACCAGCGCAGACGAUGUUGACGGCGUUGGAGUCGUUGUACGCAUUGUCCGCGCUCGACGACGAGGGGCUGUUGACGCGGUUGGGGCGCAAGAUGGCGGACUUCCCUAUGGAGCCACCGUUGGCGAAGAUGCUCAUCGCGUCGGUCGAGCUUGGGUGUUCGGAGGAGAUUCUGUCCAUCGUCGCGAUGCUGUCUGUGCAGAGCGUCUUUUACCGCCCGAAGGACAAGCAGGGCCAGGCAGACGCGAAGAAGGCCAAGUUCCAUCAGGCAGAGGGCGACCACCUCACGCUGCUCACCGUCUACAACGGCUGGAAGGCGGCGAACUUCUCGAACCCCUGGUGCUACGAGAACUUUAUCCAGGCGCGGAGCAUGCGGCGCGCUCAGGACGUGCGCAAGCAGCUGCUCGGCAUCAUGGACCGCUACAAGCACGACGUCCUGAGCGCAGGGCGCGACUACAACCGCGUCCGGCGCGCGAUCUGCUCCGGCUACUUCCGGAACACCGCGAAGAAGGACCCGCAGGAGGGCUACAAGACGCUCGUCGAGGGCACGCCCGUGUACAUCCACCCGUCCUCCGCGCUGUUCAACCGCGCACCCGAGUGGCUGAUCUACCACGAGCUGGUGCUCACAACGCGGGAGUACUGCCACAAUGUGACGGCGAUCGAGCCCAAGUGGCUGGUGGAGGUCGCGCCGCAGUUCUUCAAGGUGGCGGACGCGAACAAGAUCAGUAAGCGGAAGAAGCAGGAGAAGAUCGAGCCGCUGUACAACAAGUACGAGAAGCCGGACGAGUGGCGGUUGUCGAAGAUCAAGCGGAGUGCGCGUUCGUCGCAGACCUUUGGCUAGGGGACAUCGUUGUCGGCAGUUUGGUAGUUUUAUAGAGGACCUAGUUCACAAAACGAUGAUAACAUGGUGGAAGUUCGAUGUGUUAUGUAAUUAAGGCCCAUACUGAGCGAGCUAGUGCGUGCGCGCCUUUUCAUUCUGCCUCACCGGUGUAUUCCAGGAUAAGUCACAAGCAGUUGGCUACGUUUAGGUGAAAGAGCGACUACGUUGCUGCUCCUAGGAUGAUAGUUAGUAA